ACCGCAUUGGUACAGUCACACUCGCUCGAGCAUGAACUGCGACACCGCUCAACCGUGGAUGAUGUCUUCUUAUCAUCCAUCAACAACAUCUGAUGUCUUCUGGACAACAACACCAUCGUCUACUUCAACGACUCCAAGCUCUGAUAAUGGAAUUCAACAAUAUUCGUCGAUAUCUACGUCAUCGGGUUACGCCCCUGCCAACUCUCCUGCCAAAACUGCCGAAGUUAAUCAACUUGGUGGAGUUUUCGUAAAUGGAAGACCACUUCCAUUUGAGAUGCGUUGUAAAAUAGUUGAGCUCUCGAGACAAGGAACACGACCGUGUGACAUCUCUCGUCAACUAAAAAUCAGUCAUGGAUGCGUUUCGAAAAUAUUGACUCGGUUCUCAGAAAAUGGAACAAUAAUGCCUGGAACAAUUGGAGGAUCUAGACCGAGAGUUACUACGCCUAAAGUUGUUGAAUAUAUUCGAAGUUUGAAGCGCUCUGAUCCAGGAAUUUUUGCAUGGGAGAUUCGAGAUCGACUUAUUUCUGCCGACAUUUGCGAUAGAGCUAACCUUCCAUCAGUCAGUAGUAUAAGCAGAAUUCUUAGGAAUAAAAACGGAGGAAAUAGUUCAAGCUCAUCAAGCUCUCAACUUCGAUACAUCAGAGAUCAGCUCGCCGAGCAGCAGCAGCAACAACAUCUACAACAACAUCAGUAUAUGGAAUAUAACAAUAAUGAAUUAAAUCAAAUUUCUGGAAAUCUUGAUUAUCAAGUUUCAUCUUCAAAUACACCGCCAUCUUAUGAUUCAUAUCACUUUAUUGCAAAUUGAAUUGAUAAUUGCGGAAAUAUUUUUUUUGGCAAUCGUAUGAUUAUGUAAAGUUGUACAAAAUAAAUUAAUUGAUUGAUUA